GGGAGGUAAGUGCGCGCGCGCCUGCUCGCCUGCAGCCGAGGAGUCGCUCGGGGCGGGGCCGCGUGCGCGGGGUCGGGGGCGCGCGACCGAAGCGGACAAGGGACGCGGCGGCGGUUGGCUGUGUCUGUUGAGAGAGUACAGGACAGCCAGGACCGCGAGAGGCGGCGGCGAAGGCAGUAGUUGCACCGGCAGAGGCGGCCGCUGGCAGCGGUUGAGGCGGCGGUCCAACGCGUGCUCUCUGGGCGGGGUGCGGCGGGGGAUGUGCCUGCUCAGGCCGGGCGGAGUCUCUCUGACAGGGCGGGGGAUGCGCCGCGGCCGCUCGCCCGGACCCUGAGGCUGCUGGGCCCACCCCACCCUCCCGGAACCGUCCGACCCUCGGUGGCCUCGGCCUCUUCUGCCAUCUCCGGUCCGACCCUGGGGCGGAGGGUGGAAGGCAGCUUCCGUCGAAGAGGAGGGGGCUGCGGUGGCCACCGCGGCGGAGCCCGAGGCUGUGGUGCAGUGGUGAAGUCAUAGCUUACUGCAGCCUUGAACUCCUGGGGUCCAAUGAUCCUCCUGCCUCAGCCUGCCAAGUAGCUAGGACUACAGUGUACAUCAUUGACCGGAGAAGGGAGACUGGAUAACUGUGGAUAAAUGAGCAUAGACAUACAUUUAUUUUACCAAGAAAAUGGUUUGCACGACUUUGAACAUGUACUAUCCAUGCUGAUGGGACAGGAUCCAAUAUGAAUAUAAAUGAUGGAGGAAGACGACGCUUUGAAGAUAAUGAACAUACAUUACGGAUAUAUCCUGGGACUAUUUCAGAAGGGACAAUCUACUGUCCGAUUCCUGCCAGAAAAAACUCCACAGCUGCUGAGGUGAUUGAGUCUCUUAUAAACAAACUUCAUCUUGACAAAACAAAAUGUUAUGUUCUAGCAGAGGUAAAGGAAUUUGGUGGAGAAGAAUGGAUUCUCAAUCCAACAGAUUGUCCAGUUCAGCGAAUGAUGUUGUGGCCCCGAAUGGCUCUGGAAAAUCGCUUAAGUGGAGAGGACUACCGCUUCCUUCUGAGAGAGAAAAACCUUGAUGGAUCAAUCCAUUAUGGUAGCCUGCAGUCAUGGCUACGGGUAACAGAAGAACGUCGCAGGAUGAUGGAACGGGGUUUUCUUCCACAGCCUCAACAGAAAGACUUUGAUGAUUUAUGUAGUUUACCUGAUUUGAAUGAGAAAACUCUCUUAGAAAAUCUACGAAAUCGCUUUAAGCAUGAAAAAAUUUAUACCUAUGUUGGCAGUAUUCUAAUAGUUAUUAACCCAUUCAAGUUUCUUCCUAUUUAUAACCCCAAAUAUGUCAAAAUGUAUGAUAACCACCAACUGGGAAAACUUGAGCCCCACAUUUAUGCUGUGGCUGAUGUAGCUUAUCAUGCCAUGCUUCAGCGCAAAAAGAAUCAGUGCAUCGUGAUUUCAGGAGAGAGUGGUUCUGGGAAGACUCAAAGCACAAACUUUCUUAUUCACCACCUUACUGCUCUCAGUCAGAAAGGAUUUGCCAGUGGAGUAGAACAGAUUAUUCUUGGAGCUGGACCAGUACUUGAGGCCUUUGGAAAUGCAAAGACAGCUCAUAAUAACAAUUCAAGUCGUUUUGGGAAGUUUAUUCAAGUAAAUUACCAGGAAACAGGCACUGUACUUGGUGCCUAUGUUGAAAAAUAUCUACUGGAGAAGUCCAGACUCGUUUAUCAGGAGCAUAAUGAACGGAACUAUCAUGUAUUCUAUUACCUCCUGGCAGGAGCAAGUGAAGAUGAGAGAUCAGCAUUCCAUCUUAAGCAACCAGAGGAAUAUCAUUAUCUCAAUCAGAUAACAAAGAAACCCCUCAGACAGAGCUGGGAUGAUUAUUGCUAUGACUCUGAGCCGGAUUGCUUCACGGUGGAAGGAGAAGAUUUGAGACAUGACUUUGAGCGCCUACAACUUGCCAUGGAAAUGGUAGGAUUUCUUCCCAAGACACGAAGACAGAUUUUCUCUCUUCUCUCAGCCAUACUACAUUUGGGUAAUAUCUGUUACAAAAAGAAGACAUACCGGGAUGACUCCAUUGAUAUCUGUAAUCCUGAAGUUCUGCCUAUUGUCUCAGAAUUAUUAGAGGUUAAAGAAGAGAUGCUAUUUGAAGCUUUAGUUACAAGGAAGACGGUGACAGUGGGAGAAAAGCUUAUUUUGCCAUACAAGUUGGCAGAGGCUGUGACAGUGAGGAACUCCAUGGCUAAGUCUCUAUAUAGUGCCCUGUUUGACUGGAUAGUUUUUCGAAUUAAUCAUGCACUUCUGAAUAGUAAAGAUUUAGAGCAUAAUACCAAGACAUUGUCUAUUGGUGUUCUUGAUAUUUUUGGGUUUGAAGAUUAUGAAAAUAACAGCUUUGAACAGUUCUGUAUUAAUUUUGCUAAUGAACGUUUACAGCACUACUUUAAUCAGCAUAUCUUUAAAUUGGAACAAGAGGAAUAUAGAACUGAAGGUAUCAGCUGGCACAACAUAGAUUACAUUGAUAAUACCUGCUGCAUAAAUCUUAUUAGCAAAAAACCAACAGGACUGCUUCAUCUUUUGGAUGAAGAAAGCAACUUUCCACAGGCUACAAAUCAAACAUUGCUAGACAAGUUUAAGCGUCAACAUGAAGAUAAUUCUUACAUCGAAUUUCCAGCCGUGAUGGAGCCUGCUUUCAUUAUAAAACAUUAUGCUGGAAAAGUAAAAUAUGGGGUAAAGGAUUUCCGGGAAAAAAAUACAGAUCAUAUGCGCCCAGACAUUGUAGCUCUUCUGAGAAGCAGCAAGAAUGCAUUUAUCUCUGGGAUGAUUGGAAUUGAUCCUGUAGCUGUUUUCCGAUGGGCAAUUCUCCGAGCUUUUUUCAGAGCCAUGGUUGCUUUCAGGGAAGCUGGGAAAAGAAACAUUCACAGAAAAACUGGACAUGAUGAUACAGCGCCAUGUGCAAUUUUGAAAAGUAUGGAUAGUUUUAGCUUUCUCCAACACCCAGUCCACCAGAGGAGCUUAGAGAUUCUGCAGAGAUGCAAGGAAGAGAAGUACAGUAUAACCCGGAAAAAUCCCAGAACACCUCUUUCUGAUCUCCAGGGCAUGAAUGCUCUAAAUGAAAAAAACCAACAUGAUACAUUUGAUAUUGCCUGGAAUGGCAGAACUGGGAUUCGCCAGAGCAGACUAUCAAGUGGCACCUCCUUGCUUGAUAAAGAUGGAAUAUUUGCUAAUUCAACUAGCAGCAAACUCCUGGAGAGAGCCCAUGGAAUUCUCACGAGAAACAAAAAUUUCAAAUCCAAGCCUUCCCUUCCAAAGCACUUGCUAGAAGUAAAUUCUUUAAAGCACCUGACAAGACUGACACUACAAGAUCGCAUUACCAAGUCUCUUCUUCAUUUACACAAGAAGAAAAAACCUCCCAGCAUCAGUGCCCAGUUUCAGGCAUCAUUAAGCAAGCUAAUGGAAACACUUGGUCAAGCAGAACCAUAUUUUGUAAAAUGCAUUCGCUCUAAUGCUGAAAAGCUGCCCUUAAGGUUCAAUGAUGUCUUGGUACUUAGACAGCUUCGAUACACCGGGAUGCUGGAAACAGUUCGAAUUCGCCAAUCAGGAUACAGCUCCAAAUAUUCUUUCCAGGAUUUUGUGAGCCACUUCCAUGUACUUCUUCCCCGAAAUAUUAUUCCAUCCAAAUUUAACAUUCAGGAUUUCUUCAGGAAAAUAAAUCUUAAUCCAGAUAAUUAUCAAGUUGGAAAAACCAUGGUCUUUCUAAAGGAGCAGGAACGACAGCACUUACAAGAUCUGCUUCACCAAGAGGUGCUCCGCAGAAUCAUAUUGUUGCAGCGAUGGUUCAGGGUCUUGCUGUGUAGGCAGCAUUUCCUCCAUCUGAGACAAGCAUCUGUUAUUAUCCAGAGAUUCUGGAGGAAUUACCUAAAUCAGAAGCAAGUCAGAGAUGCAGCUGUGCAGAAGGAUGCUUUUGUUAUGGCUAGUGCAGCUGCUCUUCUCCAAGCUUCCUGGCGUGCUCACUUAGAGAGGCAGCGGUACUUGGAGCUACGGGCUGCAGCCAUCGUUAUCCAGCAGAAAUGGAGAGAUUACUAUAGGCGCAGGCACAUGGCUGCCAUUUGCAUACAAGCAAGAUGGAAAGCCUACAGGGAAAGUAAAAGGUACCAAGAACAAAGGAAAAAAAUUAUCCUUUUGCAAUCAACAUGUAGAGGAUUCAGAGCAAGACAAAGAUUUAAAGCUUUAAAAGAACAAAGGCUAAGAGAAACAAAACCAGAAGUUGGAUUGGUGAAUAUUAAGGGAUAUGGAUCUCUGGAAAUUCAGGGUUCAGACCCUUCAGAAUGGGAGGAUUGUUCCUUUGACAACAGAAUAAAAGCCAUAGAGGAAUGUAAAUCUGUAAUAGAGAGUAAUCGAAUUAGCUGUGAAAGUUCAGUGGACUGCUUGAAGGAGUCACCAAACAAACAGCAGGAGAGAGCCCAAAGCCAGAGUGGUGUGGACUUGCAGGAAGAUGUGCUUGUAAGAGAGAGACCCAGAUCCUUGGAGGAUCUCCAUCAGAAAAAAGUAGGCCGGGCUAAGAGAGAAAGUAGGAGAAUGAGAGAACUAGAGCAAGCUAUAUUUAGCUUAGAAUUGCUGAAAGUUCGUUCUCUUGGUGGUAUUUCUCCUUCAGAGGAUCACAGAUGGUCUACAGAAUUGGUGCCUGAAGGCCUUCAAUCUCCACGGGGUACACCUGAUAGUGAGAGCUCUCAAGGAAGCUUGGAACUUCUGAGCUAUGAGGAAAGCCAAAAGAGCAAACUAGAGUCUGUCACUUCAGAUGAAGGAGACUUGCAGUUUCCAUCACCUAAGAUAUCCAGCAGUCCAAAAUUUGAUUCACGGGACAAUGCCCUCAGUGCCUCAAAUGAGACUAGCAAUGCAGAGCAUUUGAAGGAUGGAACUAUGAAGGAAAAGGUGGUCUGCAGUUCUGAGUCUAUUACCUGUAAACCACAGCUGAAAGACUCCUUCAUUUCAAAUAGUCUACCUACUUUUUUUUAUAUCCCCCAACAAGACCCACUGAAAACAAAUUCCCAACUAGACACAAGUAUCCAAAGCAACAAACUAUUGGAAAAUGAAGACACAGCGGGGGAAGCUCUUACUUUGGUUAUCAACAGGGAAACUAGAAGGUAUCACUGCUCAGGAAAAGAUCAGAUUGUUCCUUCUUUGAAUACAGAGUCUUCUAAUCCUGUGCUUAAGAAGUUAGAAAAGCUAAACACUGAGAAGGAAGAAAGGCAAAAACAGUUGCAGCAACAGAAUGAAAAAGAGAUGAUGGAACAGAUUCGCCAGCAAACAGAUAUUUUAGAGAAGGAGCGCAAAGCCUUCAAGACAAUUGAAAAGCCAAGAAUUGGAGAGUGUUUGGUGGCACUAUCUUCCUAUCAGUCAAAGCAAAGAGUAGAGAGGCCAUCCUCUGUCCUCAGCUUAAAUACCUCAGAUAAGGGAGAACUUAAUGUACUGGGGUCCCUAUCAUUAAAAGAUGCAGCUCUUGCCCAAAAAGACAGUUCCUUUGCUCACUUACCCCCAAAGGACCGACCUGUCACCGUGUUCUUUGAAAGAAAAGGAAGUCCAUGCCAAUCUAGUACUGUCAAGGAAUUAUCCAAGACAGACAGAAUGGGCACCCAGCUGAAUGUAGCCUGUAAACUCUCUAAUAAUCGCAUUUCAAAAAGAGAACACUUUAGGCCAACUCAGUCUUACAGCCACAAUUCUGAUGACCUUUCCAGAGAGGGAAAUGCUAGGCCCAUUUUCUUCACUCCAAAGGACAAUAUGAGUAUUCCCCUUGUCAGCAAAGAAGCCUUAAACAGUAGAAAUCCUCAACUCCAUAAAGAAGAUGAACCAGCAUGGAAACCUGUGAAGUUAGCUGGGCCAGGCCAAAGAGAGCAGGUUGCCAGACCGGCCCAUAAAAAGAAAGCUCGAAUGGCGCGGACGCGCUCCGAUUUCUUGACUAGAGGUACUUUUGCCGAUGGGGAGGGGGAUACAGAGGAAGAUGAUUACGAUGACAUUAUUGAGCCCCUUCUCUCCCUUGACCAAGCUUCUCACUGUGAGCUAGGGCCUGCACCCACCCUGGGUCAGGCCUCUCACAGUGACUCCGAAAUGACAUCACAGCGAUUUUCGUCAGUUGAUGAACAAGCAAAACUUCAUAAGACUAUGUCUCAAGGAGAGAUUACCAAGUUGGCAGUGAGACAGAAGGCUUCAGAUUCAGAUAUAAGACCUCAGAGAGCUAAGAUGAGAUUCUGGGCCAAAGGGAAACAAGGGGAGAAGAAGACUACCAGAGUGAAACCUACUACCCAGUCAGAGGUUUCGCCAUUCUUUGCAGGCACAGAUGUGAUUCCAGCUCAUCAGUUUCCAGAUGAAUUAGCUGCAUAUCACCCAACACCUCCUUUGAGCCCAGAACUGCCCGGCAGUUGCCGGAAGGAAUUCAAAGAGAACAAAGAACCUUCUCCAAAGGCUAAGCGCAAGCGAAGUGUGAAGAUUAGCAACGUGGCUUUGGAUUCUGUGCAUUGGCAAAAUGACUCUGUCCAGAUCAUAGCAAGUGUCAGUGAUUUAAAAAGCAUGGAUGAAUUUCUUCUGAAAAAGGUGAAUGACCUAGAUAAUGAAGACAGCAAGAAGGAUACACUAGUGGAUGUUGUAUUUAAAAAGGCCCUGAAGGAAUUUCGGCAGAAUAUCUUCAGCUUUUAUUCAUCUGCAUUGGCGAUGGAUGAUGGGAAAAGCAUACGGUAUAAAGACCUCUAUGCACUAUUUGAACAGAUUUUGGAAAAGACGAUGAGGCUUGAGCAGCGUGAUUCACUGGGUGAAUCUCCAGUGAGAGUUUGGGUCAACACUUUUAAAGUGUUUUUAGAUGAAUAUAUGAAUGAAUUCAAGACUUCAGAUUGCACAGCCACAAAGGUGCCAAAAACAGAAAGAAAGAAAAGAAGGAAAAAAGAAACUGAUUUGGUGGAAGAACACAAUGGUCACAUCUUUAAAGCCACCCAGUAUAGCAUCCCUACAUACUGUGAAUACUGUUCUUCUUUGAUAUGGAUAAUGGACCGAGCCUCUGUUUGCAAAUUAUGCAAGUAUGCUUGCCAUAAGAAGUGCUGUCUGAAAACCACAGCCAAGUGCUCUAAAAAGUAUGAUCCAGAGCUGUCAUCUCGACAAUUUGGGGUUGAACUGUCCCGUUUGACCAGUGAAGACCGAACUGUUCCUUUAGUAGUGGAAAAGCUCAUAAACUACAUUGAAAUGCAUGGACUGUAUACAGAAGGUAUUUAUCGAAAGUCUGGUUCGACUAAUAAAAUCAAGGAGCUUCGGCAGGGUCUAGAUACAGAUGCUGAGAGUGUAAAUCUAGAUGACUAUAACAUACACGUCAUUGCAAGUGUAUUCAAACAAUGGCUUCGAGAUUUGCCCAAUCCUCUCAUGACCUUUGAACUCUAUGAGGAAUUUCUUCGAGCUAUGGGCCUUCAGGAGAGGAAGGAGACAAUCCGUGGUGUAUACUCUGUGAUUGAUCAACUCUCCCGAACUCAUCUCAAUACACUGGAACGCCUCAUCUUUCAUCUAGUCAGGAUUGCUCUGCAGGAAGACACUAAUCGAAUGUCUGCUAAUGCUUUGGCCAUUGUGUUUGCGCCCUGCAUUCUCCGCUGCCCUGACACCACUGACCCACUACAAAGUGUACAGGACAUCAGUAAGACUACCACUUGUGUGGAGCUGAUCGUUGUGGAACAAAUGAAUAAAUACAAGGCUCGUCUCAAAGAUAUCAGUAGCUUGGAAUUUGCUGAGAAUAAGGCAAAGACCAGGUUGUCACUGAUUCGUAGAUCAAUGGGAAAGGGGCGUAUUCGUCGAGGAAACUAUCCAGGUCCAUCGUCUCCUGUUGUAGCUCGGUUGCCUUCUGUGUCUGAUGUCUCAGAGGAGACCUUGACUAGUGAGGCAGCCAUGGAGACUGACAUCACAGAACAGCAGCAAGCAGCUAUGCAGCAGGAGGAGAGAGUACUGACUGAGCAGAUUGAGAACCUACAGAAGGAGAAGGAGGAGCUAACAUUUGAGAUGCUUGUACUGGAACCCCGUGCCUCUGAUGAUGAAACCCUUGAGUCUGAGGCCUCCAUUGGGACUGCUGAUAGCUCAGAAAAUUUGAAUAUGGAGUCUGAAUGUGCUAUUUCUGAGAAAUCAGAAAGAAGCUUAGCCCUUAGCUCCCUGAAGACAGCUGGCAAGUCUGAACCUUCCAGCAAGUUGCGAAAGCAACUUAAAAAGCAGCAAGACUCUUUAGAUGUCGUGGACUCUUCGGUCUCCUCUUUAUGUCUGUCUAACACGGCAUCAUCUCAUGGGACCAGAAAACUAUUUCAGAUUUAUUCCAAAUCUCCAUUCUACCGAGCUGCCUCAGGUAAUGAGGCCCUGGGAAUGGAAGGACCAUUGGGCCAGACCAAAUUCCUGGAAGACAAGCCUCAGUUCAUCAGCAGAGGAACCUUCAACCCGGAAAAGGGCAAACAAAAAUUAAAGAAUGUGAAAAACUCACCUCAGAAAACCAAAGAGACCCCAGAGGGGACAGUCAUGUCUGGCCGCAGAAAAACUGUGGACCCAGACUGCACCUCCAACCAACAGCUAGCACUCUUUGGAAAUAAUGAAUUUAUGGUCUGAACCGGCAGAUGUGUGUCCCUCCGUGGCUACAGAGUGGUAGAGUGGUAAACACAUCUCACCUUUGGGGCUGCGUUUCAUCACCUCGUCCACAAUAGUCAAUCCUAAUUGUGGUCCUGCCUCUUUUCUAAGCAUAUGGCUAAGACUGUAUGUGCUGAAUUCCUGGGCCUCCUGCAGAAGCAGAAAGCCUGCUGGGGAUGGUGCCAGCUGUGCCUUGGCUGCUGUAUUUGAAUUGAGAUUUUACUAUACAAAGCCACCUAGGGCCUGGGGAUUUGGGUCAGUUGUAGUUGCCUCUCCCCCACCCUCUUUUCCCUUCCCAAAGGUGGGUGUUGAACUAGGGGGGAUAUUGCUGUCCUGAGGGACCCUCUCAUUUCUGACAUUUGAAGAAAACGUAUAAAUCUUUCUUAACCGUGAAAGCAAAAGCCUUUGGGUUUAUUUUGGGAUAGUUAGGAGCUAGGGUAGAAUAUAAUUUUUUUCCAAAAACUUACAAACAAAAAGCCUAAUCCCUCUAUUUUAAGAUUUCUGAAAAAACACUCCAUGUUAUAUUCUGGGGAAAGCAAAAAAAAGAAACAAAAAAAAAAAAACGUGAUUGUUUCCAUUAAGCCAUCAGAGCGUGUCUCCUCAGAUAUCUUGUUAUACAGUGAAGAAGAGAAUACCUAUUUUGUUUUUUUGAUGAUGUUUGAUGUCAUAAUAAUCAGUGCUGGUUUAACUCCUGUUUAGUUCCUGCCAAAUACAUUGCAUGGGCUGAAGUGUCAGUAGCCAUACUGUUCUCAUGUUUCUUGGUCCUAGGAUCAGAUUCUUCUACAUUAGUUUUUAGUUUCCCAGAGACAUGGUGAUCCCUAAACUUAUGAAGGUUUCAUCCUAAGCCAUUCAGGCUUUUCUCUUUGUAUAGAUUAAACCGAAAACCGCAUAUGAGCCUGUUCAUCUGCUGGUGGAUUCCCACCACAGACUCAAACAAAUAAUGUGACCGUUUAGUUAGUUAGUUUCCAAAAACAUUCACAUACAAUAUUGCAUGAAUAAGAGGUGUUACAGAAAGCUGCCAAAAAAUAAAAAGGUUUUUAAUAUGACCUAUCUAACUUUUAUCUUCCUUUUCUCAGACCAUCAGUAUUAAAUCAAUGGAAAAAAAUCAAGGACUACUUGAAGCUAUUUUUGUUAAUAUUCUGGUUACUGAAGUUUAUUGUAAAUAUGUAUGUAUAGUAGGCAUAUUUCUUUUUAACCUUGUGCUUCCCUCCUUCCCAUGGAAUUUCUUCCCACAGAUUAGGGGCCACUGGACAGGGGGAUGAGAGCCAUUCAUUCAUCCCUGGGUUGAGGGAAUUAGUAAGACAUCAUUUUCACCACUGGGUGGUCUUCAUACACAUGAGGAGUUAUAAUAGCAUUUUAAGUAUCUUAGCAUUUGUGGGAUUAGAAAUCUGUUUUUGCUAUUUAUAAUAUAUGAAAAAUGAAACAUGAUAGCCUUUCUUGAGAUAAGUAUGUGAAAUGUUUAUUUUUAAAGUUACUAAAUGCAUCUUGUCUUGCUACUACAUGCACUGCUCUGAAAAAGAGCCUUUACCAUCUAUAACCUGUAUUUUGGUUAUUCUUCCUUUUCAUACUUCUUUGAAGUUGUGGAAAUAUUAAGUCUUUUGUUAAGGCAGAGUCUCUCCUGUUACACAACACUGAACCUCAUGCCACUGCCUCAGUGGUUAUUGGCCAGCCCCAGAGGUUAGACUUGGAGCAUAAUUCUGAGUGGCAGCUAAAGGUAGCAGGAGUCUUACCUCUCCCUACUUUGGGUUCAGAAUUGAGCCAGAGAAAGGAAGCUAUUAAAAUCUCCAGAAUAAUGAUGGUUAAUGAGCAAAUGUUAUGCUUUAUAUCCCACAGACAUCUGCCACCUUGUUCAUCUUGUCCUGAGGAGUAAUAAAUAAUGUUAAGCUUUUAAAAAUCUGAAUUUCAGAGAAUCUCCUAGAGGAUAGAGGAAAACCCCUCAGCAUGGUGUGUCAGGGUGGGAUUGCUGGUUCCUCAGCCCCGUGCCAGGUUGCACAGUCUGUGUUUCAGUGUUCUUGGGAGAGUAGUGUACUGCUGGGCAUUAAUUGUUACUCUGCACUUGCUCCAGAAUGUUGGUUAAAUCCUGUAUGAAAAAAAGAGAUUGCCCUUAUGGAAUAAUUUCCUGUGGCCCAGGGGAAUGGCCAGAAGAACACAUGUUGGCACAUGUUCUUCCUUCUAAAUCUUUGUGGGGCUUUUUUGGCAAAAUAAGUUUUUUGGCAGUUAAAAAACGACUGAUGUAGGUCACUUUAAAGGAACUAGGUGAUGGAUGUUAAGAGACUUUAUAAUUUUUCUCAGGGACCUGAAACUCCAAUUUGGAUAAAAUUCAAUUAAAAAAAAAAACACUUGUUUUUUCAGUUGCUAGAUUUGUGGAUUUCUAGUAAUUUAAUCUGCCAGGAUUGGGGUGGGUGGGUGAGAAGAAGAGAUCCACAAAAUGAUAAGAGUGGAGAGCAGUGUGGGGCCCUCCCUUUGAGGGAAAGCCGUUGUUUACAUAGGGUAGUAGGCCUUGUUGGCCUGAUCAAGAGAUGAAGCCAUAACUCUUAAAAACCUUCAGAACCAAACGCUGUGUCUGCAUCCAUCUGUUCUCACUGGCCCUCUGCAUGGUAAUGUCACCACAAAGUGAUGCCGCAUUACAAUCACUUACUUAUGAAACUGUUAGCCCUUAAUAUGCAUCACAUUUGUGGUUCCAUAGUGCUUCUCCUUUGCUUGUUUGAUCUCUGCAUGGCAGCAGUGGGGCAGCUCCACAUUUGGAGCCCAUACUCCAAAAUGCAGAGCACUCUUCUCACAGCACACAUUCCCAGCCCCAAACAAAACCUGAAUUUUCAACUCUGCCCAUUAAAGUGAAUGUAUCCCUGUAAUUUAGUAUGUACUUAUUAUGGAAAAUGUAACAAAAGCAGAGAAGUGUGAUUUCAUUCUGUAUCACAAAUUGAAGCAAAUCAACAGCAAAUACAGCAGGAUUCAGGGAGGCUUAGUUUACAACGUACUUUGUACCUUCUGCCAUUUAAAUUAUUUUGCCACUCUGGGCUUCUGAAAACACAAAGGGAGAUACAGCCCUCCAACUAUGAGCCUUGCAGAGAGAGACAAAAGGGCCAGAGGUCCUGGGAUGGAAUACUAGAGCCCCCACCUUCUCAUGCUUUGGAAACCUGCCAGAGCGCUUACCCUGCUGGAAGAUUAAUGAAGACUCCGUUCUGCGUUUCAUAACAGUAGAGUUGUUUUCUCCAUCAAAAACAGAGGGUCACAGAAAUGUGCUGAAAAGAUGUGGUCCAGCAAGAUUCUGUAGUCCCACCUCAGGGCCUGUGGGCUGUGUUUUUAACUGUAACAAGCACUUUGGUAAACUAGAAAGAAGAAAGGAUUCUCAGGAUGUGUUCAAAGCUAAGAGAGUUUUCAUUUUAAAAAGAAACAUACUCACUCCAUGGCUUUCCUCAUCCUCCUCUCUUUUUUCUUCUUGGUGGGAAGCUGGAUGCGGGGCAUGCAUCAUUCUUUAUGGACAAAUGUGUUACGUCCACCCAUACUCUUGUGACAACUCCCCAGCACUGUCCUGCAAUACCAUGCUGGCCUUGGUAUUAAAACUCCUUGGUAUCCGUGAGAGUCCUCUUUUUCUAUGCCCUAGACUACUUUUAACCACUUUUCUCUGGAAUGACUCCCACAUUUGAUUGGGUGUUGAAAGGGUAACAGCAAAAUGAUGAUUGUGGAGAUGGAUCUAUUAGGUCUCAUGUUGGUCCCCUGGUUGAAACUAUUUUCAAAAAAGCCCCAACAAUGGGCCUGUCACCUUGCUAGUCAUCCAUUCUUAAUGCCUAUUUAUCAGCCCUCUGAGGUCAUAUAAAAGUUGCACCUUUUGAACCAAGUAUUUGUAUUUACUAUGGGAAAGGUGUGGACUACAGAUUAGUAUUAUAUUAUUUUAAUGGAUUUUAAGUAAUUUAUAAGUAUGCUGAGUGUAAAUUUUUUUAAAAAACUGUAUUAUAAAAGGACAUAUCCUGUGAAAUAUAACAUUUUACUGUUUAAUAGAAUAAUUCUAUGAGAAGAAUGAUUUAUCUCACCCACGGAACUGAUUACAUUCCGGAUGCAAUCAAUAGGCACUUUGUAAUUUCCUUUUUGUUUUUUUUUUCUUUGCCGGGGGGUUGAGGGGUAACAAGAUAUCAUCUGUAUAAAGUGCAGUUUGUGUCACUCAAAAUAUGCACUGUAUGGCUACACAAAAGCAGCUUGAUGAACAAAUCACCCCAUGGCUCAUUAAAGAACAAAGCUUCCAGAAGCA